GCCGCCGCCGCCGCCGCCGCCGGAGCCCGCGCCCGCGCCCGGCCCGCGCGGCCCCAUGCCUCUGGCGCGGCCCUCGGGGGGGCGAAGGUGAAGACCGGCUCCUAGGAUGAGUGAAGGUGCGGCCGCUGCCUCGCCACCUGGAGCCGCUUCGGCAGCCGCCGCCUCGGCCGAGGAGGGCACCGCGGCGGCUGCGGCGGCGGCAGCGGCGGGCGGGGGCCCGGACGGCGGCGGCGAAGGGGCGGCCGAGCCCCCCCGGGAGUUACGCUGUAGCGACUGCAUCGUGUGGAACCGGCAGCAGACGUGGCUGUGCGUGGUGCCUCUGUUCAUCGGCUUCAUCGGCCUGGGGCUCAGCCUCAUGCUCCUCAAAUGGAUCGUGGUGGGCUCCGUCAAGGAAUACGUGCCCACCGACCUGGUGGACUCCAAGGGGAUGGGCCAGGACCCCUUCUUCCUCUCCAAGCCCAGCUCGUUCCCCAAGGCCAUGGAGACCACCACCACGACCACUUCCACUGCGUCCCCCGCCACCCCCUCCGCCGGCGGCGCCGCCUCUUCCAGGACGCCCAACCGGAUUAGCACCCGCCUGACGACCAUUACGCGGGCGCCCACUCGCUUUCCCGGACACCGGGUGCCCAUCCGGGCCAGCCCGCGCUCCACCACCGCACGAAACACUGCGGCCCCCCCGACGGUCCUGUCCACUACGGCCCCCUUCUUCAGUAGCAGCACGCCGGGCUCCCGACCCCCGGUGCCAGGAACCCCCAGUACCCAGGCAAUGCCCUCCUGGCCCACUGCGGCAUACGCUACCUCCUCCUACCUUCAUGAUUCCACUCCGUCCUGGACCCUGUCUCCCUUUCAGGAUGCGGCCACCCCCUCCUCCUCCUCCUCCUCCUCCUCGUCUUCCUCCUCCUCUGCCACCACCGCGCCAGAAACGAGCACCAGCCCCAAAUUUCAUACGACGACAUAUUCCACUGAGCGUUCUGAGCACUUCAAACCCUGCCGAGACAAGGACCUCGCAUACUGUCUCAAUGAUGGCGAGUGCUUUGUGAUCGAAACCCUGACGGGAUCCCAUAAACAUUGUCGGUGCAAAGAAGGCUACCAGGGAGUCCGUUGUGAUCAAUUUCUGCCGAAAACUGAUUCCAUCUUAUCGGAUCCAACAGACCACUUGGGGAUUGAAUUCAUGGAGAGUGAAGAAGUUUAUCAAAGGCAGGUGCUGUCAAUUUCAUGUAUCAUCUUUGGAAUUGUCAUCGUGGGCAUGUUCUGCGCAGCAUUCUACUUCAAAAGCAAGAAACAAGCUAAACAAAUUCAAGAGCAGCUGAAAGAACCACAAAAUGGUAAAAACUACAGUCUCAAAGCAUCCAGCACAAUGGCAAAGUCAGAGAACUUGGUGAAGAAUCAUGUCCAGCUGCAGAGUUAUUCAAAGGCGGAAAGGCAUCCAGUGACUGCAUUGGAGAAAAUGAUGGAGUCAAGUUUUGCCGGCCCGCAGUCAUUCCCAGAGGUCCCUUCUCCUGACAGAGGAAGCCAAUCUGUCAAACACCACAGGUACAGCAGGAGUCUCUCCUCUUGCUGCAGCCCAGGGCAAAGGAGUGGUAUGCUCCAUAGGAAUGCCUUCAGGAGGACACCCCCCUCGCCCCGAAGUAGGCUGGGUGGCAUCGUGGGACCAGCAUAUCAGCAACUUGAGGAAUCAAGGAUCCCGGACCAGGAUAUGAUACCUUGUCAAGGGAUAGAGGUCAGGAAGACUAUACCCCACCUGCCUAUACAGCUGUGGUGUGUUGAAAGAUCCCUGGACUUCAAGUAUUCGUCCAAUGGUUUAAAAACCCAACAAAAUGCAUCCAUAAAUAUGCAACUGCCUUCAAGAGAGACAAAUUCCUAUUUUAAUAGCUUGGAUCAAAAGGACCUGAUGGGAUAUUCAUCUACAAGGGCCAGUUCCGUGCCCAUCAUCCCUUCAGUGGGUCUAGAGGAAACCUGCAUGCAAAUGCCAGGGAUUUCUGAAGUCAAAAGCAUCAAAUGGUGCAAAAACUCCUACUCUGCUGAUAUUGUCAAUGUGAGUAUUCCAGUCAGCGAUUGUCUUAUAGCAGAACAGCAAGAAGUGAAAAUAUUGCUAGAAACUGUCCAGGAGCAGAUCCGAAUUCUGACUGAUGCCAGGCGGUCAGAAGACUACGAACUGGCCAGCGUAGAAACCGAGGACAGUGCAAGUGAAAACACAGCCUUUCUCCCCCUGAGUCCCACGGCCAAAUCAGAAAGAGAGGCACAAUUUGUCUUAAGAAAUGAAAUACAAAGAGACUCCGCAUUGACCAAGUGACUUGAGAUGGAGGAAUCUGUGCAUUCUAUGCUUUGCUCAACAGGAAAGAGAGGAAAUUAAAUACAAAUUAUUUAUAUGCAUUAAUUUAAGAGCAUCUACUUAGAAGAAACCAAAUAGUCUAUCGCCCUCAUAUCAUACUGUUUUUUAACAAAAUAUUUUUUUAAAGGGAAAGAAACGUUUCAGGAGGGAUAAAGCUUACAACGAAAGCUUUUGGGUAGAAUUCUGAAUACAAUUUCAGUUAGUCCCAACACCGGCCUCGUUGGCUCUUAGUAGAUGUGGGUAAUUCAGACCCUUAGCCCCACAGCACCAGUGUCCUCAUAAAAAAGCAUUGGCAGUUACCUGGUUUUAAAGAGAUGAGCUGUAUCCUGAGGGCGGACGUGCCAGUGAGCAAGUGGCCCUUGCCAUUUGGCUUACCAGUCCCAACCCCUAAAUUUCUAUUCACUCGACAGCCUCAUCACAGGUUAUGUCCUGUCAACAAAUGUAGUGUUUUCUAUUUCAUUUUUGAAGAAUGGCACAAAAACUCUGUAAGGGGGAGGGUAGGACAUAGAAGGACUAAUUGGGGGACAAUCUUCGCUACUCUUAUGUGCCAGCUUCCUCUGAAAUUUGAAGGCACAGAAUCUCAGAGGGAGGUGUGAAAUUAUUAUAGAAAAAGAGACGAGAAAAAUCACAAUGUCGUGUCACUAAAAUCAUGCUAAUAGAAAGAAGUGUUUUUCUUUGAGAUUGUUUAGGGGCUCCAAAGGAGCAUUUCUCAGUGUGUGCGUGCCCUUUGUGCGUGCGUGUGUGUGUGUGUGUCUGUGUGUGUGCGUGCACAUGCGCACAGGUGUGUGUCUGUAUGUGCUUGCUCACUUGAGCACAGGUAUGCUGUAUGCAUAUGUGUUCAUUGUGUGUAUGUGUGUGCAUGUGUGUGCAUAUUAAGCUUGCUAAAAUUUGUUCUGAAACAUCAGGGAAUUUAAUAUUCAGAAAAGAAAUUUCCCUCUCAGAUCUGUUCACUUUGAAUUUAUACAUUAAGUGUAAAAUUCAGUUAGUAAGUUCUUAAAUCAAGGUCACUUGCAUGGCGGGGUCCUUUAAAACUCUUGACAAUGUCAAGAUCAUUUUCUGGUGUGAAUACUUUUGAGAGGAACAACUAUUGGCUCAUUAAUGGUAUCAGUAUCACAAGGCAAGUUGAGGAUGUGUGUUUACUUUGAAUCAUGCGUACUUAAAUUAUUUACACAAGCCAAUUAUCAAACUGAAAAUUACCCUUUGCUUUCUCAUCAUCCUCAUUAUUAUUUAUUUUGUAGCAAGUCUACUAUUUGUGGACCAAGACAUUGGCUUCUGUGGUUAAUAUGGAAAGAAUAAAUUGUUGAAAUCACAAAGCCCAGACUUUUCAGUUCACAGGAAGCCCCCAAAAGAACAGUAAAUUGUGUUGUAUGUUCAUUUGGAAUAAAGCAAUAUUUUUACCACUGCUGAGGUGAACUGAAACUUCUCCUGAAGAUUCGUCUGUUUUAUUUACCCUUAUUUUCAUGGGGCAUUCAAGGAAAUUAGUGUUCACCUAACCAGUCUUUUCCAAUUAUUGGUGGUGUUGAGUUGUUAUGUUUACACUGUUUUAAAUAAAAAGGCACAGUAUUUGAAAGUAUAUAAAAGAUUUCUUUUACUGCAGUCUGGGAAGACUUUGGUUACAUUUCCUUGUGGAAGAUUCACAUUACCUUGAAAGGGAAUGUAAUUUCUGAAACAAAUAUUGAAUAUAUACAAUUCUUUCUUGAGUUUAUGUUGUUUCUGUUUAAAAUACAUAGCAAAUUGCUCUUUGAGAACGUUCUUUAAUAAUAGACAUAUGCCAUGUAGGGAAAAAAAUCAUUGUUUUCUUAUCAACACUGUUUAGUGAAACUUCAAGGUCUCAAAUAUUGAAAAAACACUUUGGUAGAAAUGCAUUUUAUAUUUAACAAAAGAUUUUGGUAUUCAUUAACUGUCCUAUUAUACUUACAUUAUUUUAAAUAUAGAGGUAAUGCUGUUAGACUCUUAAAAGAUUAUUACAAAUUUUUAGUGUCUAGAUCAUCUAGGUUCCCAUUUAAAAAAUUGUAUCUUUGGGAAUAUUUCAGAAAGGUGGUCUUCAUUUACAAGUAUACAAAAAAAAUCCCAUAAGCUGCGUAUUCAAUAUGUUGGGUUGAAAUUUAUCACUCUUAUCAAACACUAACUGGAAGGCCUCACAAGUCUUUUGAAGUCAACCUUGUUUCUUUGGUUUUUCAUCAAAAUGUUCCCUGUUGCAUAACUAAAGGAUUCAUACAGAUUUCACCUAGUUAGCAGGUUAUAAUUACGUGGCCUGCAGCAGUCAAGUCAAAUAUUAUUUUCUCUGAAAAGACUGAAUAUUUUCAAUCAAAUUUGAGUCCUAAUCCAGCCCCCUACUCAUUUUUUUUAAGUGGAACCAUACAUUAUAUGAUUAUAAACACCUUCGUGCAUCCUGAUGAACAUGAAUAUCAGGCAUAUCCACUGGCGGUCUGAUGUAGUUUAGAGAUAUAGUUACUUCCUAAUUGAUAAUCAAGACAAAAUAUUCCAUGAAGAACAGAUAUUAAUGGUUAUUUCAUUAGUUAUUUGUCUCCUUUUGGAAUAUGAAGCUCUCCUGUAUAAAGGGUCCAAGCCCAAAAUGCACAUAUUUGGGCACCACCUGACAAGUGCUGUUAGCAUCAAGACUCAAAGUUGAUAUAACAUGACAAACACCUGGAGCCAUCGGUACCUUGUCCUUCAAGCUCAUGUGCCUACAGAGAGGUGCUUAUUUCUACAAGACACCCUUGAUUUUGCUUCAUGUUCCUUGUCUUUGUUAUGUGAAGAUAUUCGGAGAUUUGUGAUUAAGUAAGUUGCGGAUUAGUUAUUUACUGAAUAAUGAAUGUCACUCAUUAUUUUUUUACUCUGAAUCAUAUUCUGAUUAGUCUUCUUUUGAUACAUAAAGUAUAUGUUAUUCUAAGUUGCCAGUGACUGCUGUGGAACGCUGUUGUGCAAAAUAUAUGACCAAUUUUAUGCUAAUGAGAAAUAAUAGAAAUGAUGUUGAAUUGGCCUCCAAAUUUUCUUUCUGACUUUUUUGGUACGUUAUUAAAUGCUCUGUUUUACACUCUAA